AUGGCUCGGAUCCAGUCGACGAUGCUCGACGACCGCUCCUCCACCUCCCGGGAGCGCAGUUUCGAGGACAACGAGGUCGGAGAUUCUGAUCAUUUUUGCCCUUUUCUGGUUUAAUUUGUGUCAUACGUGGUUUCAUGGUUUUUCUUCAUCAUUUUUUUCAAGCCAUUUUUCUCUCCACAUUGCGUAAAACCAAAAGUUUUUUUGAUUAUCUUUAAACUUUGAAAUGAAACCGUGAAGUCGCCGAAGAAAGCUUACAAAAACUUCGCCAAAUUAGGUCAUUAAAAAAAGUUGAUUCAAAAAAAAAGUUCUUUAAAACGUAUAUGAUUUCAAAGAAUCUUUUCUCAAAAUUCCUACGACAUAAAAGAAAAUCAGCCCAUUUUUCAGUACACCUUUCAAACGAACAGCUGCGAUAUUUUAAUUGGUUUGAAAUUUUUGAACCAAGAUUUAUUUAGUGAAAAACUUUCUGCUCGUUUCAAAAUAGAUAAUUUUCCGGUUUCUAAAAGAGAGGAUAAAUCGAAUGAAACUUUUUAGAUAUAUUACAUGUUCGUCACACAAUUGUUUUUGAAUUCUUUCAUAAAAUUCACGGAAUCCAAUUUUCUUUUUUUGGACUUAGAAAACCCACAAAAUUUGUGGAAGAGACUAAUAGGGUAAAAAAAAAUGUGCUCAGUACUCAAGUUUCCUCAAAAAGGAAAAAUAAAAGCCAUUUUUUCAGGUAACAGGCCUUCGAAGCAAACGUUUAGUCGCCCUUUUAAUAUGUCUUUCCGUCAUUUUCAUCGUUUCUCUUCUACUUUUAGCGGUUCGUUUUUUUUUUCAGCAAGUCCAAUUUUCAAUAUUCCUUGGAAUUUAAUAAUAUCAAACCAAAAAGUCAUGAAUUUCAAAAAUAAACAAGAAACUUCCAGCUCAACCUAAUGAUAAUCUCGACGCUCCAAAUGAACGGAAACGGGAUGAAAUUUCUUCGAUUCCAUCAAAGUUAUAACAAACAGACGGAUCAGAUGGAAAAGGUUCGAUAUUAUUAUAGAAUCCUGAUUAAAAUUGAAUUUUAAGACGGUUGAAAUGAGCGGAUCGAAAGUGGAACUGGGAAAAGUCGUUUCGAACGGAUUAGUCGUCGGAUUUCCAGAGAAAGACAUUCUGAUACAUGCUCCGAGGGUAUGAUUUUUCCCGUUUUCUGUUUUAAAAACUUAAGAACGCCAGAGGGACCCCUAUAGGGGUUAGGAAUAAAAAACCCCUGUUAGAGACAAAAAAGUGCUCCCUGUAGAAAUAAAGUUUAGGUAGUCACUAUAGGGGUUUAGUGACUGACUCGUAAGUCCCUAAAGCUCAAGUGGUCUCUAUAGGGGUCUUUUCAUUCAAAAAAGUUAACUUAUUGAGGACUACUUGGAGAGAACACUAAAGUGGCCACUAAACAUACCUCUAUAGUGGCCACUAUUUUCCGUUUUAGUGGCCCCUAUGGGGGUUCUCGAAUUAGUGGCCACUUCAGUAGCUUUUGAUUCAAGAUUCCAUCCAGUAACUCUGAUAAUUUAAAAAAAACCAAAUUGGACCAGUUAUGUUGAUCCAGUGACUCCUAAAGUGGCCACUAAAAUUUUCAGUGGUCUAGUAGUAGCACUUAGACCUCUAAAGUGCCCACUAAGAUUCAACCCCUUAAGUGGCCACUAAUUUGACUACUAUAAUGGCCACUAAACGUCAAAACCACUAUAGUGGCCACUGAAAAUUUGCGUGGUUUUUAGAGAGGAACCUUCAAAGGCCCCUAUAGGGACCGCUCUGACGCUCAUAAAAAUAUUAAAAAAUAAUUCAGAUAACCGUUUCAUCAAAACCCAACGAUUCACGGUUCGUCAUGGAUGGGAACACGUGUAAAUUCGAAAACACCAAUAGUUUUCAGGUAAAAAUUUGAGGUAACUAAAAAAAAAGAAGAGUUUGAGAUCGUGGAUUCGUCAGGAAAAACUGUAUUUUCCGCUCGGCAUCCGACAAUCACAAUCGAUAAGAAGAUCAAAAAAAUCAGCGCGACUAAAAUAAUCACCGACAAGGUAUGAGUUUUUCUUCAAGUUUAUUGUUUUUUAAAACUAUUAUUUGAUUUUUUUAAUUUAAAAAAAGGGAGCAUGUUGGUUUUUCUUCUGAGCCAACAAUUUUUUUCAUUUUAAUUUUUGAAAUAAAAAAAUCAUUUUCCUGUUACUCAAAGUUGCUUUAAACAAAAAUAAGAAGACUAACUUUUUAAUGAUCGUGCUUUUUGAUAUCAAGAAAUACAUUUUUGAAGUGCAGUUUUUCCUGAAACAAUUUCAUCAUAGUGACCUGGAAAACUGCUAAUUCAUUUCUUCAAAAAAACUUUAAAAAUUGAAAAAAAGAUUAUUUUGGAGAGUUAGAAAUUAUUUUCCAUUUCGCUAAAUUGCUUUGAGCGCGGCAUAAAAAUUACGAGUUGAUAAAUUAAAACUUUCUCAAUUUUUUUAGUAAAAAAAUUAACCGAAAAACAGAUUUUUUUGAAAUGAGGGCAAGCUCGAUUUUCAAUAGACCUUCUCCCAUGCCUUUUUUUCUUAAAUUAAAACAUUUUAGGCCAUUUUUUUCUGAAUUUAAUGAAUUGAAAAUGACAGUUUACGACCGAAAAAACACGGUCAUUUUUUUAAAGGACUUUUUCCAGCUUCGGUCACUUUUUUAGACUUGCUGGCGAUGACCAAGAAAUAAUUUUUGAAACUUUUUUUCUGCAUUUCGCCAACAUUUCUGUACAAAAAAGUCGUUUUCCUCUUGCCGCGAAACCGCAUUCGGUGUAUGCACAAUUUCAACCUACAGUGUGCUUCAAUAUACCAAACCUCCUUGCAGAUCCGUUCGGGCGUCGACGAGGACCUCAAAAUUCAGACGGAUGACGUCACGAUCCGUGGCAACGAGGCGCUUCGUCUAGACGCACGUCGGAUCGACAUCUCCGGCGGGACUCGGGUUGCCUUCAACACUUCCGUCAGUUUUAUCGUUUAUUUCUGUUUCGGAAAAGAUUCUUUACAUUUUGAUGAUUUAUUGAAAGUUAGUCUUUCGUGUAAACUUUCUCUUUAUUUUCAAGUAGUUUACGUUUUCAAAGUACAUAUUUAUGCUUAGUAUUCAUUUAUUUAUUUAUUUAUCUCACUCAAACACAAACAUACAAAAAUAUUCGAAAAGGAAAAAAUUUAAUAUGACAUGUUCCGAUUUUUCAAAAAUCUGACCAUCAAACUUUCACAAAAGCUCUCUUUCUUUCCGAAUUUUUAUACUUCGCCGAAAAAUGUUCUAAAAUCUCAUCGCAAACUCUUUCCGAGAUAAUAUUUUCCUUUCAAAUUGCAUAAAAAAAGUUUCUCAGUGCGUUGAAAUUUCUCUCCUCUAAUUAUUUUUUCAUUCAAUUUGAGCCUAUGGUUCAAUUUUUUUCUCUAUUUUUGAAAACACUCUAUUCUGAGCUUCAAAAAAUCCCUGACUUCGAAAUCGAAAAGAAGCCAGAUUUGGCACACCGAUAAUUCAAAGUCCCUGGGGGACAAAACUCGGCAGAAAAAAAGGUCGAAAAGCUAAACAGAGAGCCGAGAUUUCGCAUCAAUAUUCAUGUAUAAUGCAAAGUCCCAAAUGACGUUCAUCAUGUUUUUGUCUAGGAAGGGACUCCUAAACUCUCAAACGUCAUAUUCUAGUCGAUCAGAGAGAAUUCGAAUAUUUUUGGAUCAGUUAAAAUUUUUCUUAAUAUGUGAUAAGUGACAUCAAAGAGUCAGUUAUCAAGUUUUGAAUAGUCCUUUGAAAUACCAUACUACUCAAGAGCCAAGUUUUUUUAGAAGCAGGCGAAAUAAUAAAAAUUAAAGGAAAAAUUUUUUAAAAAAAGCUUUCUGAAACUGAAAACUUGAGAAAAAAAUGUCAAAAAAACCCCGCACCGAGUUUUUUACAGCAUGCUAAAAUUAUUUUUUUGAAAAAAAUGAUCGAGAGACAGGCUUGAGUGUCCUGGCCCGGGGAGGCCUGGCUUGGCCCGCAUGUUAUGCAAAAAAGCCCGAGCGGGCUUGGGACAGGCACGCUUCAAAAAAUUUUCAGCAAACCUUUUUUUGGUAAAUCAUACUUUCUGUUAAAUUGUAGCUAAAAAAUGAUCAAAAUGUAGUUUCUGUCCUAAAAAAAAACCUUGAUAUUUGGUCUGAAAACGCUUUUUUCGCGGUUUUUGAGGCGGUUCGGUUGUUUUUAAGGUCAGGCCAGGUCGGGCUUAGAAAAUGGACAAGAAAGGGCAGAUAGGCUAGCGGGCCGGCCCUAGCACAAGCCUGUGUCGUCAUUUUUGUGCUCUCAAAAUUCCUUCCAAUCGAAUAUAUACUCUGAGAUUUCAGCGCGACGGGUCGAUCCAUCUGCGAGGCGGCGUCCGUCUCGGCAGCGGGACGGCGGCUCUUCCAGUCUCGUCGUCGCCGGCCUUGUCGGCGAGUCUCGACGCGAUGCGCGUCUGCGCCUGCGUCCACAACAAGCAUCAGCUGUUCCUCGUCGCCGCCAACAGGCCUUGUCAGGCCUCCCAGUUCUGCUGA